AUGGCUCAACAGACCAGGCGCUCCGGUGACGGCAAGGUGUGCAUCGUCGGCAAGAUGGGGGUUACCGACUUCGGCACUGGCAUACCGGGUAUCGCAGAAGAUCUCAGAGUCACUUCAGAAUCCGACUAUCACUGGCGCACCUUCAUCACACCUAAGCAGCCACAUCCCCCUGGCUGGAUGAGCCGCUCACAACGCCACAAGGCCAACAAGCGCCGUGAUCGCAAGAUCGCCGCCGAAGCUGCCGCCGUUCAGAAGACCCAGCAGAACAGCACACGACCACUCCUGAGAAUUCCCCCAGAGGUACGCCUCAUCAUCUACGAGUAUGCCAUGAUCGACAACUGGACCAAGCGCCAGGAUGCCAUGGACACCAUGCUCUCCUACUCUUCCGAAGGUGAGGACGCCCUGAAGAUGCAUGCGCGAGUUCUCAAGGAGAAGGAGGCAUUCAGGAGGUUGAGUGCUGAGCCUCCUGCACUUCGAGUCUGUCGUCUGAUUCGUUCGGAGGGCAUGAAGACCUACUACCAGUUUCUCAUCGCGCAGAAGAAGCGCCUCGCGGAGCGAGCGUCGGUGCUUUACAGUCGUGUGGCAAAGAUUAUGCUGACAGCCCCCGUGGGCGAGUGGCUUGAUGACGAUGCGGAGUCGAUGGCGAUUGUGCUGGAUCUUAUUCCGGAUGUGGAGAAGGAGAUGAAGAAGUUGGAGCAUUUUGGUCACGCUGUCGCCGACCAAGACGACGAUAAGGACGGCCAGACCGAGGGCGGCAAGGUGGACAGCAUCAAAGGCGUUCAGGACGAGGGCAAGGACAAGCAGAAAGAAGCCGGCGAGCAAAAGAAGCUCGAUGACUUCUUGGACACCCCCAUGUUCGAGGUCACCAUACCCGGUCGAUACCACGCUGGUAAAGGAGAAGAGGAUGAGGACGAGGAGGACGAGGACGAGGCUUCUGGCGAAGACAUGGCUGCACUGGAUGAGGCGAUGCUGCAGAUGGCUGUGGAUGCCUCCCUCGAAGUGCCAUGA